AUGGCAGAUCCUCUCACAUGGCUGGUAGCGUUUGGAGCAAAGAAGCUGGUCAGCGCGGCCAUGGCAGAAGGCAAGCGCAACAAGGAGGCCGUGAGGAUCCAACAGGAGCUUGAGGCUGGAUCUGCCGAUCAAUACCGCCAACUCCUAGGGGUUCUCGACAAAGCACUUGCGGAGGACCCUUCAGAAUGGAAUUCCAUGAAGGUGAAAAUGGUCCGGCUGAGCGAAAGCAGUGAGCAGUCAGAGCGGGUCGCAGGACUUUACCUCAUCAGCUUCACAACCUAUUGUAAGUAUGUUGUUGCUGCCUAUGACAAGAAACCCCAGAAAGUCAUGGACAGUUUGGCGAAGCAAGUGCCGAAAGGUGUCAAGCUCCAAGCUAGCCCGGGAGACCACCCGAUCAAGUAUUUGCUGGCGUUCACCUUUGUGCACUGCAAGGGACAUCGGAAGCUGAUGGACAACAUCGUGCACAAUGCACAAACCCCAAAGAAGACGAACAAGUCUGACUUGAUGGAUGACCUUGUGGAGGACCUGAAAGGUGAGCUCAAAGAGCACUUGAAGGACGAAGUCCUGUCUGUGCUGGAAGAGAUCCUUGUGGAGACCAUUGGGGAGACGUGCGGCAUGACGGCCCUGCUGCAGUUUGCCUUUGAGAUCUUGUGA